ACCCAUCCUCACACUGCCAGGCCUAGCUGGUGUCCCACAGUCUGUAUACCAGCUCAGCAUGUUUAAUUCCCAGGAAGCUGCCAGCCAGAGUCAUUCUCAUACUGCCUGGCCUUCUGGGGUCAAACAGACUGAACACCAUCUCAGCCUGGUCUAGCUUGAGUUAGAGGGCCUGCAAACAAACUCAACCUGGGAGAUAAUCGUAUUGUUGUCCUCCUGUGUCAUCCCCACAAUCAGUGGUUGACCUGCAGUCAGGCUGCCUGCUCCCAAGCCUACUUUGCCCUAGCCUGGACCACACAGCCUGAAGAGACAAAGCAAGUGAGUGAUCAAGAUUUCCCCAUCAACUAGCCACCUCAGAUCUUUGGUGAAGUAGAUCACUGACCAGCACAUCCUGCCACCAUGAGAGGUGAGAUCAGUGCUGCCGCUACAUUCAUCUCGAAGUUCCUCAGCACCAAGGGCCUCAGGAGCGAACAACAGCUGCAGACCUUCAUCCAGAGCCUGCAGGAGCUACUGGAAGAGCAUUACAAACAUCACUGGUUUCCAGAGAAGCCCUGCAAGGGAUCGGGCUACAGGUGUCUUCGCAUCAAUCAUAAGAUGGAUCCUCUGAUUGGACAGGCAGCCCAGCAGAUUGGACUGAGCAGUCAGGAGCUGUUCAGGCUUCUCCCAUGUGAGCUCACACUCUGGGUGGAUCCCUAUGAAGUGUCCUACAGGAUUGGGGAGGAUGGCUCCAUCUGCGUGCUGUAUGAAGCCUUUCCAGCGGGAGGUACUUCUCAAAGUAGCACCAAAGAGCAAAUGGGAGAUAGCAGAGUCGGCUGCAAGGAGAAAACUCUAUUGGGCAGAGCAAGCCCUUCUCAAAACUACAAUAUGAUGACUGUGUUGGGUUAAGACACAGUCUAUGGAUGGGUCAUCUUAUAUGGAGAAAUUUGAUUUUUGCUUGGGGUGGGAUCCUCUUGGGGAUGGAUUAUGGAAUUUAAACCAUGUCACAGCUGUGAAGACCUGCCAUAAGAUAGAGUGGUAAUAUUUUUUUUAAGUGAGUUUGCUAUAGCUUGGACAGUACCUUUCAAUGAUUUUCUAGCUUGUGAGUUGAAGGACACAACCACUUCAUUUGCUAGGUAGUGAAAUCGUAGGUUGGUUUCAAUUUCUCCUAGACUUUAUAACUAUAUUGUCACAUUAGUCCCCUUAAGAAAAAUUUACAUUUAAUUUAAUUCUACA